AUGCGCGCAGAAGCGAGAGGGAGCUCCACGGACACGCACGUAGGGGGGAUGGCCCACGCACGCUCCAUUCAUGUCUCUGAAGAGAGCGGAUUACGCUUCCGGAAACAUUGCCCAGAAAAGGAUCACGCAUUUGCACCUUGUACAGAUUUCUCGCUGAUUACUGCACAGAGAGAUACCAUGUGGGAGUCACAUGAGCGUGCAGAGGAUGAUCCGUGA